AUGUUUCCCGACGGGGUAGGAGCUGGAGGCGCCGGGAGAAGGAGGGCAUGUCUUCUCUCCCUGCUGCUCGUUGGCCUCUGGGGCCCCGUGGCGUGUCGCCGGAGCCCCGUGGAGGACAUCUGCACAGCCAAGCCUCGGGACAUUCCUGUGAAUCCCAUGUGCAUUUACCGCUCCCCAGAGAAGAAGGCGCCCGAGGAGGAGGGCUCCCACCAGAAGGUCCCCGAGGCCACCAACCGGCGGGUCUGGGAACUGUCCAAGGCCAAUUCCCGCUUUGCCACCGCCUUCUAUCAGCACCUGGCAGACUCCAAGCAUUACAAUGACAACAUUUUCCUGUCGCCCCUGAGCAUCUCCACAGCCUUUGCUAUGACCAAGCUGGGAGCCUGUGACAACACCCUCAAGGAGCUGAUGGAGGUUUUUAAGUUUGAUACCAUCUCUGAGAAAACGUCGGACCAGGUCCACUUUUUCUUUGCCAAACUGAACUGCCGACUGUACCGAAAAGCCAAUAAGUCCUCCGAGUUGGUAUCAGCCAACCGCCUGUUUGGAGACAAAUCCCUUACUUUCAAUGAGACCUACCAGGACAUCAGCGAGUUGGUCUAUGGGGCGAAGCUCCAGCCCCUGGACUUCAAGGGAAAUGCAGAGUCAUCCAGAAUGACCAUCAACCAGUGGGUAUCCAAUAAGACCGAAGGGCGGAUCACUGACGUCAUUCCCCAGGAUGCUAUUAACGAGUUCACUGUCCUGGUGCUGGUCAACACCAUUUACUUCAAGGGCCUGUGGAAGUCCAAGUUCAGCCCCGAGAACACAAGGAAGGAGCCUUUCUACAAGGCCGACGGGGAGUCGUGCUCAGCAUCCAUGAUGUACCAGGAGGGCAGGUUCCGCUACCGGAGCGUGGCGGAGGGCACCCAGGUGCUGGAGCUGCCCUUCAAGGGGGACGACAUCACCAUGGUGCUCAUCCUGCCCAAGCCCGAGAAGAGCCUGGCCAAGGUGGAGCAGGAGCUCACGGCGGAGGUGCUGGAGGAGUGGCUGGACUCGCUGACGGAGACGCUGCUGACGGUGCACAUGCCCCACUUCCGCAUCGAGGACAGCUUCAGCGUGAAGGAGAUGCUGCAGGACAUGGGCCUCCUGGACCUGUUCAGCCCGGACAAGUCCAAGCUCCCGGGCAUCGUCGCGGGGGGCCGGGACGACCUCUAUGUCUCAGACGCCUACCAUAAAGCAUUUCUGGAAGUGAACGAGGAAGGCAGUGAGGCAGCGGCCAGCACCGUUGGCGUGAUAGCUGGCCGUUCGCUGAACCCCAACAGGGUGACCUUCAAGGCCAGCAGGCCCUUCCUGGUUCUUAUCAGGGAAGCUGCUCUGAACACGAUCAUCUUCAUGGGCAGAGUAGCCAACCCUUGUGUGAACUAAGGUGUUCUUGCUCCUUGCACCCCUUCCUCUUCUGGUUUGUGAACAGAGGUAAAAAUAAAUACGAUUACUCCCACCUCACAGUAUGAA